AAGAAUUUCCAGUAGCUCUAGUUCUACCAUCUCUUUUGCCUUCCACACUUCACACACCUUUACCUGCACAGACCUGAAAGUCCAGUUUCUCCAGCGAGUUAGGAGAAGAUAAAGGGAAAGUUCAUUGGAUCAAACAUGUCACAAGAAACGGACAAUAAAAGGCUUGUGGUCGUGGUUCCCAAUGAAGCAGCCUUUAAUACGCGAAGGGCCUAUACUAGUGAGGAUGAAGCAUGGAAGUCCUAUCUGGAGAAUCCAUUGACAGCAGCGACAAAGGCGAUGAUGAGCAUAAAUGGAGAUGAAGAUAGCGCUGCUGCCCUCGGGCUCUUAUAUGAUUAUUAUAAGGUUCCCAGGGAGAAAAGGUUAUUGUCUUUAAAUAAAGUAAAUGAUGCACAUGAAGAACAAGAUAAAAGAAAUUGUCUUCCAACCAGUGAGACGUCGAAUAACCAGAGUAAUGGAGAAAAUCGGGUACAAGUUUUAAAAACCGCACUUAUCAAUCGCUCCCUAAAUACCGAGCCACUAGAGUCUUCCAAGAGAGAAUACAGUGGGAACAUAACUGCAAGUCCGCCAGCGACUACCGCACCAGGGAUCACAGUGGUCAAAGCAGAAGAAUUUACACCAGUGUUUAUUCCCCCGGCUGUGCCAUACAGACCUGACAGUGAGGAACCAAGGGUUGUGAUAUUCGAGCAAACUCACUACGGAGUACAUAAUAUUAAUAGCCAUACAGACUACCUCAAGGACGACCAGCGCAGCACUCCCGACAGUACAUACAAUGAGAGUUUCAAAGAAGGAGUCACUGAUAAAUACCGUAGCUCAUCAGUAGGAGCUGAAGAAUUUAUCUAUGAUCAAACAUCAAGUACAUUUCAGUAUACUCUAGAAGCAACAAAAUCCUUGCGCCAAAAACAAGGAGAGGGGCCAAUGACUUAUUUAAACAAAGGCCAGUUUUACGCCGUCACUCUGAGUGAGACCGGGGCCAACAAGUGUUUCAGGCAUCCAAUCAGCAAAGUUAGGAGUGUGAUAAUGGUUGUGUUUAGUGAAGAUAAAAACCGUGAUGAACAGUUAAAAUAUUGGAAGUACUGGCAUUCUCGACAGCACACGGCAAAACAACGGGUUCUGGACAUUGCUGACUACAAAGAAAGUUUCAACACAAUUGGCAAUAUCGAAGAAAUCGCUUACAAUGCAGUGUCGUUUACUUGGGAUGUCAAUGAAGAAGCCAAGAUUUUCAUCACCGUGAAUUGCUUGAGUACAGACUUUUCCUCACAGAAAGGGGUCAAAGGACUUCCCCUAAUGAUUCAGAUUGACACCUACAGCUACAAUAAUCGCAGCAACAAACCAAUCCAUCGGGCAUAUUGCCAGAUCAAAGUGUUCUGUGAUAAAGGAGCUGAAAGGAAAAUCCGUGAUGAAGAAAGGAAACAAAAUCGGAAAAAAGUCAAAGGCCAAAACGCGCAAUCUCAAGGCAAUAAUUCAGCUGACGGGAAGCUAUUAGCUUUAUCUCUUCAGAAGAAAAGUGACGCCACGUUCUUCAAGACCAUGGUUGACUUGGACUCCCAGCCUGUUCUUUUUAUUCCAGAUGUUCAUUUUGGAAAUCUGCAGAGGACUGGACAGGUCUACUAUAACACUGACGAUGACAUAGAAGGGAGCAGUGUGUUGGUAAAAAGAAUGCUACGUCCCAUGGAGGAAGAUUAUGGUCCGCCUGCACCAAAGCAAAGUAAAGAAGCACACAAAAAAGUGCUUCUCUAUGUGAGGAAGGAGUCGGAUGAAGUAUUUGAUGCCCUGAUGUUAAAGUAUCCAACUGUGAAAGGUCUGCUGGAAGCUAUAUCUGAGAAAUAUGGCAUUCAAGUGGAAAAGAUCAUAAAAAUAUAUAAGAAAAGCAAGAAAGGAAUCUUGGUAAACAUGGAUGACAACAUAAUAGAGCAUUACUCCAAUGAGGACACCUUCAUACUGAAUGUGGAAAGUAUAACUGAGCAAGGUUUCAAAAUCACGUUGACCGAAAUUUAACACAGUGAUGGACAUAUGCCUGAUGAGUUGUUACAGAGAAACACGUGAUGGAACAUCUUGAGAACAUUCUGCACUUAUCAGAGACAUUAAUAUAGACAAUCGUGAAAACCUUGUUCUUGUUUAGCAGGGCAACGCAUCAAUUUCAUAAUUUAAUGGAAAGCUGGACUACUGGUAUUAUUUAUUGCAGAUCACUUUGUAAUUAAGUGGUACGUAAGUGACCUAUUUAGAUGGAUUAACUGGAAUCUCCAUUUGUGAUGGAGUAAAAGUGGGUAAACUGAAUACCCAGAACUUCCUUAGAUUAUUGUCCACAGAUUAUAUAAAAUAGCCAUGAAGAUCGAGAAAAUGGCUAUUCCGGAAGAAGAAACCAAAUUGUAUACUAAACGCGCAGGGAGAAUUUAGUCGGUCUAAUUUCUGAAUACAAUCGACAUAGGUGUAACCACAUCCAGAAUGCAGAUUUAUUUGUAUUUAUUUUUUUAAUAAAACUCUUCAAAUCACUGCAACAAUGUAAAUACUAUAUUUGCCCAAAAUUAUCCUAUUUGUAAUAUUUGACAAAUGGGUGUAAAGUGAAUGUACAUAAGAUAUAACAGUAGGUUUAAGAAAAUAUUUUGUAAGUUAAUCCAAGGAAAAACCUAAAAAAAUAGAAAUGUUUUGUAAAAAUGUGCAAUAUUGUAUUUGUCAUGUUUUACAUUUUUUUUACUGCCAUUUUGGCAUUUAUAUGUUUUGCCUUCAACAUUUUCCUGUUUUUCUAUUAUUAUUACUAUACAAUUUUGUCUGUUAUUAUAGUAAGAUUUAAGAAUCUUUGAAAUGGACCAAUUGUGACGUAUGAAAUGAUGACCAAUCUUAAAUAUUUACAGCGAAGAAUGUCUGCUUUUACACAUAGUGUAUUUUUUGUAAUAUAUUUUGUAAAAUUCUUCCACACUUCAUCUUGAAUAUUCCAUUGCAUGAUUUCAUGGGGUAUCUAUGUAAUUGGAUAUUUUUAAUAAUCAACUGGAUUUCUUUAACAUAUUUGUUGUAUGUCCACAUUU